UUAUAUAUUCUCUCCAUUGUAUUAAUAUAUAAAUUACUUUUCUCUCCCUUUAUUUUUUUUUCAACGAAAUGAAUAAUAAUAUUAAUAAAUCGCUUAAAAGAAUUAACGUAGAAUUGAACAAUUUUGAACGUGACUCAGUAUCAUCAUCUAUCAAUGCUGGACCUCUUGGAGAUGAUCCAUUUCAUUGGAUAGCGACAAUUUCGGGUCCAGUAUGUUAUUAUAUAUUUUUAUUUUUUACAAACUAAUAUUAACUCAUCAAUAUUAUAAUUUGAAUAAGUCUGACUCUCCAUAUUCAGGUGGAAUAUUUUUUCUUGAUGUUCGUUUCCCUCAAAAUUAUCCAUUUAAACCACCAAAGAUAAAUUUCACUACAAGAGUUUAUCAUCCGAAUAUCGAUAGUAAUGGAAAUAUAGGCAUAGAUCACUUGAUUCAUCAAUGGUCUCCAGCAAUGACCAUUUCAAAAUUGUUAUUAUCAAUAAGUUCAUUAUUGGCAAAUCCAAAUCCAGUAUUAGAAUUUACAUUUGAACCUGAAAUUGCUCAAAUGUAUAAGACUGAUCGCUCUCGUUAUGAAGCUACAGCUCGUGAGUGGACACGGCAACAUGCUAUGUGAAUUAUAAUUAUCAAUCCGACGUGAUGUUAAUGGUAUAUUAAAAGUUAAUUAAUAAAGUGGUGAUUAUUUUCUUCGUUCAACACUUGUAAAAAAAUUUACAUAAUUAAGUAUUACGAUUAAUAUAUAAAUUAAUUCCAUGUGAAGGAGUAUUUUACAGCUAUCUUUCUAUAAUAAGCGCAAAUAAUUUAAAUACUAGUAUACAAUUAAGGAGAAGAUUAAGAAAUUUACAUU